AUGUCUGCGGAACUUACAAAUGAGUGCACAGAACUAUUUACUUAAGUGUAAAAUAAUGUCGAUCAAGCAAUGAACUCAUUUAAUUCAAAAAUAUUUGAUAAUUUAAUAUCUGAGUUUUCUAAAUUAGACAAAGACAUGAUGAAUAUUUCGAAUAACUUGAAUAAAAGUGUUUUGGAAGCAGAAAAAUCAAAGAAUAUGGCCAAAGAAACUAUUGAUAAACUUAAGUUGAAUGUAGAAGUUAACAAAAAGUAUUGA